AAGGUAAGAAUUUUGUCGCUAGUUGAGUAUCCUUUUUCUUAUUCCUUUGCACUUUUAUUUGUGCUCGUUCUUCUUCUUUCCUUUACACAGAACAACAGUAGCAAGCAGAGCCCCAAGAUCUGUGUUUGAACCUUCACUUGUGUUUCCUUCCUUCUGCAGACGAGCUUCACCUUGCGCCGAAGGGCCACAGAUGGUUGAAACCGAUAUGGAUGCCGAAACUGUUGCAAAUGUGGUUCCACCAAAGGAGACUCCAAACAGUGUUCCCAUCUCUUAUCAUUCCUCACACUCACACCCUCCUCUUAAUGAGAGGAUUAUUUCAUCCAUGACCAGAAGAUCUGUUGCUGCACACCCGUGGCACGACCUUGAGAUAGGGCCUGGUGCUCCAACGAUCUUCAAUUGUGUGAUUGAGAUUGGGAAAGGGAGCAAGGUGAAAUAUGAACUGGACAAAAAAUCGGGGCUUAUCAAGAUCGACCGUGUUCUUUACUCAUCAGUUGUGUAUCCUCACAAUUAUGGGUUUAUCCCACGUACUAUUUGUGAGGACAGUGAUCCCCUGGAUGUCUUGAUUAUUAUGCAGGAGCCGGUUCUUCCAGGUUGCUUUCUUCGGGCCAAAGCAAUUGGUCUCAUGCCCAUGAUUGAUCAGGGGGAGAAAGAUGAUAAGAUAAUUGCUGUCUGUGCUGAUGAUCCCGAGUAUCGACAUUACAAUGAUAUCAAGGAGCUUCCUCCACAUCGUUUAGCUGAAAUUCGUCGUUUUUUUGAAGACUACAAGAAGAAUGAAAACAAGGAAGUCGCAGUAAACGACUUUUUGCCUGCCUCAGCUGCUUUCGAAGCGGUUAAUAGAUCCAUGAGCUUGUAUGCGGACUACAUAGUGGAGAGCUUGAGACGGUAGUCGUUGAUGAAUGAUGCACGUCAAGGAUUUUUAACUGACGGACCAAUGGAAGAUGUUUGCUUGAAAAAAGGCUGCAUUAUCAAUAUUAUGUAGGAAUAAAAAAAAACAUUUUACUUUAGCUGCCUCUUAGCUCAUGCAUGUUCUACAAACUACACGUGCUUAAUUUCAAAUAUGUCAUCCCUGCAAUAUCAAAUGUACCUGCCUCUUAUAGCACAUGCACAAUCCAAUAUCAAAUGUUUUAAUCCUGUAUAAUUUUAUAUUCUCACCCUUUCUAUUAGAAAGAGUGUAAUGGUUUUUUAUAUUAUU